GUGUUUGUGUAUUGCCAAUACGAUUUGAUUGUGGCAAAAAAAAAAAUCUGGACCGAAUUUUUCACAAAUCAUUCUGCAUCCCAAUGGGGUCGAUAUAGCAUAUUGGUGUAUGAAGACAAUAAAAAAAUUGAUUCAAUACAGUUUGAAAAUGGACUCGAAUCGUCGUUGAAAUCAAGGAUAACUUGUUUUAUUCCAUGUGAAAUUCACCUCGUGAUAAAAUUUUUUGAGAAUUUUUCAUUUUUUAUUCAUUCAUCAUUCAUUGUUAUUCCACUUUUAAUUUGUUAAUGAAUUCAAUGUUUAUUAUUUGAAAUUAUCAACAAAUUUAAUUAUCAGCUGUAAAACUUUACGUUUUUUACAGUUGAUUAACAUCGCAUUUAUAAUCAACGUUGAAAGAAUUGGGAAAAAAAUGGAAUCACUAAUACCAAUCAUAAAUAAACUACAAGAUGUAUUCAAUACGAUCGGUGCCGAAAGUAUUCAGCUGCCACAGAUUGUUGUCGUUGGUACGCAAUCAUCGGGAAAAUCUUCCGUAUUGGAAUCGAUUGUUGGACGUGAUUUUUUACCUCGUGGUGCCGGAAUCGUCACUCGCCGUCCGUUGAUAUUGCAAUUACAAUAUGUCGAUAAAGAGGAUAAAUCAAUACGCGAUGUAUCCGAAGGAACCAUGAAUCUUGAUGAAUGGGCCAAGUUUUUACAUACUAAAAACAAAGUGUAUUCCGAUUUUGAAGAUGUACGACGAGAGAUUGAAGCUGAGACUGAACGAAUCACUGGAAAUAAUAAGGGAAUUUCUCCAGAACCAAUUAAUUUGAAAAUAUACUCUUAUCGAGUUGUUAAUUUGACUCUAGUCGAUUUACCGGGUAUAACCAAAAUUCCAGUUGGUGAUCAACCAUUGGAUAUUGAACAACAAACACGCGAAAUGAUUUUAUCAUAUAUAUCGAAUCCAAAUUCAAUAAUAUUGGCUGUAACACCGGCAAACACAGAUUUUGCAACUUCAGAAGCAUUGAAAAUUGCUCGUGAAGUUGAUAAAGAUGGACGACGUACGCUUUCAGUGGUGACCAAAUUAGAUCUUAUGGAUGCUGGUACAGAUGCCAUUGAUGUAUUAUGUGGUCGUAUAAUUCCAGUAAAAUUAGGCAUCAUCGGUUGUGUGUGUCGAUCACAACAAGACAUAAUCAAUAAGAAAUCCAUUGAAGAUGCAUUAAAGGAUGAGGCUAUUUUUCUGCAAAGAAAAUAUCCUUCUUUGGCCAACCGUAAUGGGACAAUGUAUUUAGCCAAAACUUUGAAUAGGCUCUUGAUGCAUCACAUUCGCGAUUGUUUGCCAGAAUUGAAAACUCGUGUUAAUAUGCUCAUCUCACAAUUUCAAUCGGUUAUGAAUUCCUAUGGAAUGGCUAUCGAUGACAAAGGUCAAACUUUGUUGCAAAUAAUAACCAAAUUUGCAUCAUCAUAUUGUUCGACAAUCGAAGGUACCGCUAAUAAUAUUGAAACGGCCGAACUUUGUGGUGGUGCUCGAAUCUGUUAUAUUUUUCAUGAGACAUUUAGCCGUACUUUAGAUUCUAUACAUCCUUUAUCUGGCCUAACUACUAUCGAUAUCUUAACGGCUAUUCGCAAUGCUACUGGUACUCGUCCAGCAUUGUUUAUACCCGAAGUAUCAUUCGAAUUAUUGGUCAAGCGACAGAUUCGUCGUUUGGAAGAACCAAGUCUUCGAUGUGUAGAAUUGGUUCAUGAAGAGAUGCAACGUAUCAUUCAACAUUGUGGUACUGAAGUUCAGCAAGAAAUGUUACGUUUUCCAAAACUUCAUGAAAAAAUCGUCGAUGUUGUUACACAAUUAUUGCGACGACGUCUGCCUACGACUAAUGACAUGGUAGAAAAUAUUGUCGGCAUUGAAUUGGCGUACAUUAAUACAAAACAUCCAGAUUUUCAUGAUGCUCAAUUGGUCAGUUCAUUGUUUAACAAACAGACGAAACAAACCAACAAAGAAUUUGAUCAACAACGGCAUCAACAACAACAGCCAAAAAUGUUGAACAAUGAUAUGACAUUCAUGCAGAAUAUGCAACAGCAUAAUGUCCAGAAUCAAACGUUUGCAAAACCCAAUUCGGCGUUUAGUGGAAGUCAACCAAAUCUGUUUCGAUCAUUCGUAUCGAAUAAAGGCGAAACAUUAAAUAACAAUGUGAAUGAUGUUGAAACAUCAUCACAAAGUUCUACUAAUGCGAACACUCCGAUAGCAUCUCCUGUUAAAUCAGUAAAUCUACUUCCAGAAGUGCCCAGCACGACGAACGUUAGAAAACUUACGCCGAAAGAAGAACAUGACUGUCAAGUAAUUGAACGUCUUAUUCGCUCAUAUUUUUUGAUCAUUAGAAAAAACAUUCAAGAUUCCGUACCGAAAUCCAUAAUGCAUUUUUUGGUCAACUAUGUUAAAGAUAACCUUCAAUCAGAAUUGGUUACACAUUUAUAUAAACAAGAAAAUUUUGAUUAUUUAUUGAAAGAAUCAGAUCAGAUUGCCAUCCGCCGUCAAGAGGCUAAUGAAAUGCUCAAGGCAUUACAACGAGCAAACAUUAUAAUUGGAGAAAUUCGCGAGACGCAUAUUUGGUAGAUGAAAAAUAUUAUUGAAGCAUCUUUGAUGAGUGGACCCUAUUAUACAUAAAAAUGCUAAAUAUAAUCAAUUUACUAAUGAAUUUAACCUAAUUGAUGAAUUUCUUGAUUUAUUUUAUUAUUGAUGAGAGAUUACUUAUGUUAGUAUAAAACACUAUAUCUUACUCCAUUUUACUUCUGAUUGAUUGUAAUAUUUAUAUUAUGAUUGUAGAAUCUUUUUCGUUUCUUUUACGAAAAAUGUCUUAUCAUUCUCUUUUUGCCUCCACUUUGAUUCACAUACUUUAUUAUUCAUUUAUUUCUAUGUUCAAAUUGCUUAUUAAAUUGUAAAAUAAAAAAGAAAUAUA